UUGAAGACUAAACUAUUUUGAAGAAGAAAAAUAAAACCUAUACGUUGAGGCAGGACUGCUUCCUUAUGAUGUGUAAAAGCAACAUUUCAAGGACCUUGCAUUGGCCUGAAAAAGAACUCAGUAUCACGGACGCGGUUUUCAGCGAGAUAAGGUCUCGGUAAUAUAAAAAUAUGUAACAAAACCAUCUUAAACAGCUGCGACUGCGUUUAUCAAGACCACAAUAAUUCUUAACUUGAAAUCAUAUCGGACACGAAGAGACGACUUCGCGCUUGUCACUUGGCCACGUAGCAAUACCAAAAACUGAUUUAAAGGAGUUUGUAUUUCACAGACGUGUUUCCGGCAAGUGGUGACAUUAUGUUCGAUACAAGUGGUGUCAUUGACUUACUUUUAAUCUGGAUUUCUUUUGCAGCUUUAACACUACCAAGCACGUGUAAUGAAGUAAGAAAACUAAGCAGUAGAGGAGACCCUGCGUUCGAAGCUUUCCUUCGAAAAGCCCUAGAUGUUUUUAGAGAAAAAAUGAAAGAUGGCUUAGGGCCAAUUCCUCCGCUGGAUCCGUUACUUCUUAGCAACUUGAAAAUAAAUGUAGAUGAUGACAUUGUGAAGAUGGAUCUAACAUUUCAUAAGGUUAACAUCAAAGGUCUCUCCAACUUCGAAAUCAAAGAUGUCAAGUCAAAUCUGGUAUCGUUCAACACUAAAAUAAGCUUCACCAUACCGAAAGUUUUGGUUACUGGGACGUACUCUUUAGAUGGUCAUAUCAUAAAUAUGUUUCCUCUAUCUGGUAAAGGGAAGUAUCAAAUAGAAGGCGAUAACAUUACCUUUACGUUUUCUGGUCGAUUGGUCUUCAGUUUGGAUGACAUCAAGUUGUCGUCUUUGUUACUUGACCACCUUGAAUGGAGGAACGUUCGUGUGGUAGAACUUGCUGAUUUUCUUGGUGGAGGUGUGUUUGCUGAAAAGAUCGCAGAAUUACUGCCAACUGUGGGAAAGGGGAUGUUUGAGAGGUUUCAACCGAAACUGGCUGAACUGACCAAUACAUUGUUGUUAAACGUUUUAAAUCAUGAGCUGAGAAAACCUGAAGUUCGAGAAAUCAUAAAAGACUUUAUCCCGACCGUUUGAGAAUCAUUGACAAAAACUUCGCAAUAACAUGAGUAUAAAUCUACCACAAGACCUAUUUUCUUAAGAGAACACAAAUUUGGAAUUCACGGUAUAAAGUUAGACAGAUUUUUUAAGUCGACCAACUUACAUUUGUAGGCUUAAUCUGUAGUUUAUAGCCAAAUGCUGUUUUUAAUUUCAAGUUAACGUGAAAAGAAGUUAUUGUAUUAAUAAAACUUUAUUCAACUCGA